CACAUGAUUGUUAGUGGCGACAUCACAAUGGUCGCCAUGAUUGUUAGUGAUGACCUCAUAAUGGUGCCCCUGACACAAGCUGGUAUAAGGGCUGUUUACAGUUGGGAUUGUCAGAUUAGUGACUGAAUGCCACCAUGAGGUCACUAAUCAUCACCCUGUUCAUUUUCACUGGAUUUUUACGAGUAAGUUCUGUUCAUAUUAAUGGGAAUUGUAUCUGAGCCAUUAUGGGUUCCUGUUAUUAGCGUUAUCUGUUAAUGUACCAGUGACUUAUGGGUUUGCUGAGAGGUUUCUAUACAAUGUACAGCACCAUGUCCCAAACAUCUGAUCCAUGUACUUUUCUAUUACAGGAAAGAGAUAUCAAAGAACAUAUUGAGACAUUGAAUUAUGUGACUGAAGGAUUCAACUACAUCAAGCUCAGUUUGCCAGUUUGCCCAGUGUCUGUUGAAAAGGCCGGUUAUGUAGAGGAUGUAGAGUGCGGCAAUACCCUGUUUGUACAGGAAGAGAUCAGACCAGUCCCUCUGCUGAUUCCUACAGACAUAAGAUGUGAUGGCUUGCGUUGUCCAAUUCCUCCUAUAGAGGGUCAGCUCACUAACCGAGAGCCAGAGCUGAGUAGCGCCAUCAUUCAGGAGUUCCAACUAAUUGUGCCUUAUAUUGAGACCCUCAUCAGCGAUACUGAGAAUGGCACUAGUGUGAAAGGAAUCAUUUUGGGCUUCUUGUUACCAGAAAUCUUUGCCUUUCUACUGGAAUUCUGUUAUGGACACUGGUCCAGCAGAAAGAAGGCAGAAAAAGAAAAAGAUGAGGCCCCUUCUGAGAGAGAGAAGGAAGGGCCACAACGUCCUGCUCUAACCCAUGAUAACAUGGAGGAAGAAUUUGGAGGCACAAAGAAAAAGAAAAAACAGCGCCACUCUGAGACUCAUGAUCACCAAGGCUCAGAGAAACCAAAGAGCAGUGAAAGAAUAACGGCAGAAGAGGAGACGGAAUUAAAGCAGCUUUUGCAACAGUUCAUCUGCCAAUGCUUGGAAGGAGAUUUCUAAAACUGUCUUGGAUCUGAUAAAGAUAUUAAAGUGUAUUUUUAAAAUAAAACUUUACUAAAAUGUAAUCUUUUUCUUUGUCUUUCUUUCUGUAAAAUGGUUUAU